CUAGGCCAUGAGGUGAACAAAGGUAUCGACGGCACGUUCCGUCCAACCGUUCUUAGAAUGUUGCACAUCAACUUUCUUCCGUUGUUCAUACCUUGGCAUUGGCCUACAAGGUUCGCGCGUAGGGUACCUUGAUUAUAUACGGGUGUUCGGGCUACAAAUAGACCUCAAACAACGUGAAGGUUUUCCUGCCUGACAAGUUCGAUUGACGAUGAUUCAGCACGCGUCUGGCACAGCCAUCGUUCACUGAGCAUGCGCGUUCAACACUUUAUUUGAAACUAAAUACAGGUCUUCUUUCCAUUUUAAUAAUAAAAAGAACCCGAUAGUAUAUAUGCAGGCUUGACUUACUGAACGGUGUGCCGCCGCGCAUGCGCAUUCGGUACUUCGGAGCAGAAGACAACAGGCGAAACGCAGAUGAGCAACAACAAAUCGAGCGUUGCAGGCACAACACGAUGGCGCUAAGCACAGCUUUUAUGUUGGUGGCUCUAACGUCAAGAGUGUUAGCAAGUGACCUUGUCAAGAUCCAAGGACCCAGUGAUAAUGCCAUAAUCGUUGGGAACAACGUAGAACUGUUCUGUCUGGUAUACACCACAGAUGAAAAUGGUGUGCAGCAGAAAGUUACUCAGCCCUACAAUGUCACCUGGUACUUCAAGCCGGAGGGUGUCAAUGUCAGCAGGGUGGUGCUCGAGUUCAUAAGUGAUGGACAGUCUGCAAACUCCGUGUCCUUUGACUCCAGCAAGUACAAAGCUGCAGAAGUUGCCCGAUUGCAGAUCCUGGCCAUCUCCCUUGGCGAUGCUGGCUUGUACACCUGUCAUCUUGAUGCGUCUGGUCAGCCAUCCACUGGGUACGGUGCCCACUUGAUGGUCAUUGACACACCUGCUUGCCACAAUCAAAACCCUGAGAGUUUCUCUGAGCAAAACAUUACACUGGAUUGCAUUAUUAAUUUCCGUGGAUACCGCAUGCCCAUCGUUGACUGGCGUCUUGGCACGCUGAAGCUUAACUCCACAACUGAAGUGCUCAAGAAUAAGAGUGUGCUGAUUGAGACGUUGACUCUGACAGCAACAGAACAAAUGAAUGGCUAUGUGUACCACUGUCAUGUAGAGUACCCUGGGCUGGCACAGAUUGAAUGCAUGGCUCAUCCAAGUCUCCGUGUUUAUAAAGCAGCCCAGAUCAUGUCAGUUGUCGUCAGUUCAUCUAGUGGACAAGAGAGUUCUCGCAUUGCACCUGGUGCCAAGGUGCGCAUGCAGUGCUCUGCUCAGGGCUAUCCAGUUCCACAAUACACCUGGUAUUUCCGCCCCCGGGGCAGUUCAUCUAUGCCUCGUAAACUUGCUAUUCAAGACUACUAUGAAAUUCCAUCAUUCCAGGCUACGGAUGAAGGAAUGUAUUACUGCUAUGCAAUCAACGAAAUCAACACAAGAGUGUUUCGUGACUCAAGAAACUUAACUCUUCAGUUGCAAGAAGUGGAGUAUAAUCAGCAGUACAAUGUUGGGGGACAGGCCUGGAGCGCAAGCAGUGCUGGAGGAGAACUGCAGGCCCAAGAAUCAGACUCUGGAAUACAGUACCCUUUGACUUCUUCCAGCUCUUCUUCUAGCACAGGUUCUAUUUUCUCACCUUAUGCAGUAGGAGCACUGAUAAGUGCAGGACUGGCUGUGCUGCUUAUAAUCGUCUUUGUUGUGCUGGCAAUGAGGCUAAAGAAGCGUGAGAGAAAGAUCCGAGAGAAGUUAGCACGAGCACAUGAUGAAACACUGGACGACCAGGAAGUGGAACUUUUAGAUGAAGGUCUCCAACCCAAUGGGCAUUUUCUGCCUGCAGAGUAUUCUCGAUUGAAGAUGAGUUGGGAAAUCCCACGAAAGGACAUCCGUCUACUGGAACAGAUAGGACGUGGAUCCUUUGUGGAAGUAUGGAAAGGCCGCAUGCGAAGGACUCCUGGAACUAAUGAUAUCGUACGCAUUAUUGUGAAGAAGCUGGAUGCAGAGGCCACUAAUAAGGAGAGACACUUCUUCAGCACGGAGCUAGAGGUCAUGAAGAUGGUGCCGUCUCACCCUAACAUCGUCAGACUUAUUGGCAGCUAUACUUCCAACGAACCAUGGCUUACGAUGCUGGAGGUGGCUCAAGAGGGCACACUGCAGGAGUUUUUGCAGCGCCAUCGUCCAGGGCAGCAGGAGAUCGUCAUUGGAAGGGGAGAUGACCAGCCAGUCUUCAUGCGGAAACACACGCUGACAGCGCAGAAGCUGCUCUGUCUUGCUGCCCAGGUAGCCAGUGGACUGGAGCACCUGCAGAAAUUCAAACUUAUCUACUACCGGCUGCAGUCUGCACGUGUUCUUGUUGCCAAAGGAGGAGUGUGCAAACUCUCUGGCUUUGGUUUUCCUCAUGAAAUUGGGGACAGAAACAUGUACCAGCAGGCCUCAGCUCCAAUUCGCUGGAUGGCCCCUGAAUCUUUGGUGGAAAAUGUCUACAACACAAAGACUGACGUGUGGUCUUAUGGUGUUCUUGUCUGGGAAAUUCUCCACUUUGGCAUGACACCAUGGCCACGCCUUGGACCUCAGGAAGUGCUUGAAAGUGUGCACACAGGCAAACGUAUGCCCCCACCACCACACUGCAGCAAGAUCAUCUACGGGUUAAUGAUGAAAUGCUGGAUGGCUAACCCAGAGGACCGGCCUACCUAUGAUGCCAUACUGGAGAGUCUGUCUCACAUGGUCACAGAGGCAGAAGCCCAUGUUGUCUACGCUCACCUGCCGGCAUACCUGCAGAGUCUGGAUGGUGGUGCUGAUGGUGACGCAGAUGGAAUUUCACAUGCAUAGGUCAAGGUGACCAAUCAGCAGCACAUCAUUUUUUUAGAUUAUUUUCAGACUUGACUAACUUGAUAGGCUGUGUGAGCAGAGUGGAUUGGUCUUUGUAAAAGGGACAAAACUGUGCUUUAAAGUGUGUAAGUACCCUGUGGGCUGUAGCAGGUCCCUCUUUGUGACUACAGUAGAAUAGUAGACAUCUUUCUUUGACUAAAAUGUUAAUGACACUGUUAUGUUUACAUAAACAUAUCAUUUUAGUUUACGUCUUUGCGUCAUGUCAUUUUAGUUUCAUAGCUUGUGAUAUUUGAAUUCUCACCAUGUUCAGUGACUUUCAUUUUCUGGUGGAGAGUAUGAAGGCAUACUUAGAAUGUUCUUUGUGUUUAGUGUUCACGUGUAACCAUUUAUACCUACUGCUGCAGCUAAUAAACAGAUUUUCAAUUUGGA